AUGCAGACUCAUCUGUCUGCAAUCCACGAUGAGAUGUGGGAUGUCAUAACUGGUGGGCCAAUUCAAAUUUUGGAGGUUAAUUCGAACCGAGCUGUUGAAGGUCCGACAACAGCUGAAAUGAGACCCAAGGAGAAGUCCUCAUUAACAACUGAGGAGAGGACUCGUGCAAAUCUCGUCAACAUUGCACGAGACAUUCUCUACAAGGCUCUAGACAAGUCAUUGUUCCCGAGAGUAAGAAAGUGCAAAUCCGCAAAGGAAAUCUGGGACACCCUCAUGCAGAUUAGUGAAGGUGAUGAACAAAAGAAGGAAAACAAACUAACCAUAGCCAUGAAAAGAUUCGAAGACUUCAAACUUGGAGCAAAAGAUUCCAUACCUGAUAUGGAGGCACGUUUCAUGAAGUUACUAAUCGACAUCGGAGAUUUAGACGACAAAAAGCUCACACAGAAGGAGAUCAACUUAAAGAUCAUCUGA